CUUCUCUCCUCUACCACCAUCUUCUAGUUCCGGGAACAAGUGGUUCUAGAGACUGUUGAAAUGCUUGAACAGAAGCUGAGUGAGAAGCUUCUCUUCUCUAACCAGCUCCCCAGCUCCUUGAGCAGCUCAACACACCAGGCACCUGUGAGCCCUCCAGUGCAAAGCAAUCCCUUUGAUUGGCUCCUCUCCUGCAGCAACUGUCAGACCUCUAUUGUUGGUAUUCGAUACCAGUGCAGUAUGUGCCCAUCCUAUAGCAUCUGCGAACUGUGUGAAGCAGGAGUAUAUGCCCAUGAUCCUAAUCAUGUGCUUUUGAAGCUGCGAAGGCCUGUCCUGUGUAUCUCAGAAUCGUAUAACCUUGGGCAGUUCUCACCUCGUCUCGCCACUCUGGAGCAAGUCAG